UGGAAGACAUUGGCUGAAGCUGUUCACCAAAAAGUAAUUCAUAUCACUAACCUUUAUUUUUCAGUUAAGAGGUGGACGAUGCCCCAUCACCAAGCCUUUUUUGCACGGCUUAUAAAUCAACGUGGUUCCACUUCCCUUUUACUGUUACUAGAUGUUUACAAUAAUCACACUCAUCACUAUAUGUAGCCUUGUGUUGUUUAAAUGAUUUCAUCUGCCCGCCUCCACUCAGUUUUCUGUUUAAAGGCAUGUGUCAGGUUUAUGUUCACGGUUUAUAAUAACACCUUUUUUCAAGACAAGGCUGAACAGAAAGACCAAGCUGAGCUGGUUGCUGGAUGUCAUGGAUAGAUUAUAUGGUAAUGUAAAUGAAGGUCAUCACAGCAACUGGAUAGAUGAAACUAUCUAUGCAAAUGAUAUCGGACAUGUUGUGGAGUCAGACAAUAUUUUAUACACACUCGCAGGUCAUGCAGGACUUAAAGUGAAUACGAAGCGUUCCUGCAGAGCUGCUGCACUGUUUCUGGGUCUGCUUUGUCUUCUCCUCCUCGCUGGACUCGUAGCUCUGGUUUUCCUGUACACCCGAGACAAUUCUAACUGGGAAAUGGAGAGGGUCCAUCUACAGACCCGUCUGGCUGAGGAAAAACACCAAUUAAACAAAACACUCGCUCUGCAGUCCCAGGAAAACUGGAUAUAUUUCAGAAGUAGUUUUUACUACAUUUCUUCAACAAGGAAACCCUGGAAUGAAAGUAGAAGGGACUGCAGACAGAAAGACGCCGACCUGGUGAUUAUCAACAACGACGAAGAGCAGGAAUUUGUCAGAAGAUGGAAAACCCGCAUGUGGAUUGGACUCUCAGACACUGAGAAGGAAGGGACAUGGACAUGGGUGGAUGGGAGUCCGCUGGGCAGCCAAAGUUAGGCCAGCGUUUCAGGUCUGAUGACGUGACAUCUGACACACUAUAGGUUUUAUAAGAGGAGGUACUGGGCAAAAUCCGAGCCAAACGAUGCCAAAGGAGUUGAAGACUGUGCAGAAAUACAUAGUUAUGAUGAACAGCAAAGCUGGAAUGAUGCACCAUGUCAAAAUGAAAAAGACUGGAUCUGUGAAAGACGUGUCA